GCCAGGGACUAUGCUCACCAAGUGAUAGUCGCCAUAUCCCCGUAUCUCUUGCUAUGCAAGUGUGUGGAACAGCUGUUGCCACAUCUCGUGAGGCGAGGUGUAGUGGCCAGUAAAGUCAGGUCGAUCAUCCUCAGCCAGUCCGACACUGAAGCCGCGAGCAGCUUGGAGAGGUUGCUGAAUGGGAGGUCUCGUGAGCCGGGAGUUGAGGUCAGUAUGGUGGAGGGGGUCUACUUGGCUCUGCUGGACUGCUAUGAGGAGUCUGGGAGUGUGUGGUGUCACGGCAUGGCUGUCAGUGGAAUUCAACCAGUAGUGAGAUUCAAGUUAAAGUUGCCAGACAUCAAUUUCGAUGACUUGGCAGUUUUACACCAGAGGGUAUCAUCAACAAACCUACCUGAAGGAGACGCAGCCAUGCUGACAGAGAAGCUUGGGCUGAGCAACUAUGGCCCCAUUGUAGAUCUCAAGAAGAUCAUCCAGAUUGCUUUCAGCACCAGAGUUUCAUUUCACAAGCUGGUGUCAGCUCUUCUGCUCACUCGACACACUGGCCGAUACCUCAGCCUGCUCUUACCCUACUGUAAGUAGCACAUGUAUACACACAUGGUAUAUACACAUGUUUGACAGUUUUAUUGUGCAGUAUGAUUUUUACCAAGCAUCGCAUAAUUGUACUGUCAGUGUUACAUGCAGUGGGAGUUCUCUUGAAUUAUUCCUAUGAUUAGGUAGAUGCAGUAAAAGCACAAAGUCAUCAGAAUUCUUCUUCACCUCGGGUGCCUUGCGUUGUCUGCACUGUGACAUUUUGUGCAACUGCAGUUUGCCACAGCCCAUCAGUUCCACAUCCCAGAGUGGAGCUCAGACUACCAGUGGCGUGGGGAUGUGAAUGCCAUGGUCUCUGUCAUAGAGGAAGUCUCCAAGGUCCAGAGGAAGACUGGGAACCACCCCAUUGUCGUCCAUGGACUGUGAGUGAUACAGUGAGUAGAUCAGCCAUAUUCUGUGGUGUGGCCACCACCAUUGAGAGGUGUAAGACAGAGGGAGUGGUGGAUGUGUUCCAGGUGGUCAAGGCCAUGAGAGUUCAGAAACCUGGAGCCAUACAAACUGUGGAACAGUAUCAGUCAAUUUUUGAAGCUCUUUUGGGUUCAUUGACUCAUUUGAAACAUACUCAACAUAAGUUUUUAUUUUAUUGUCAUAUCAGAUAUUAUGGUGUUGCUAUCAUUAGUCUGUA